CCAGUUGUCAGUGAAAACAACUUUGCCUUCUCUCUUUUCCGGCCGUAAAGGUGUUUGUGUGAACACAUUUUUGUUGAGGCACACGGCUAACAAAAAUCCGUCAAGAUGGUGAAGGGUAAUCAUAUGAUUUCCAAUGGUCAUUUCCAUAAGUACUGGCAAAGGCAUAUUCGCACCUGGUUCAACCAGCCGGCCCGCAAGGUCCGCAGGAGGAACAACCGUAUCAAGAAGGCUAAGGCCGUCUUCCCGCGUCCAGCGAAGGGCCCGAUUCGUCCGAUCGUGCACUGCCCGUCGCAGCGCUACAACACCAAGAUCCGUGCGGGUCGUGGAUUUACUCUUGCUGAGCUUAAGGGUGCUGGCUUGACCAAGGGAUUCGCUCAAACCAUCGGCAUUGCCGUGGAUCCGCGCCGUCAGUCGAAAUCGGUGGAGAGCCGCCAGGCGAACGUUCAGCGCCUGAAGGUGUACCGUAGCAAGCUGAUCCUGUUCCCGAUCCACGCGAACAAGAAACUGAAGAAGGGUGAGGCCACCGAGGCGCAGCGCAAGCUGGCCAAGCAGCUUAAGGGUGAUGUGAUGCCAAUCACGAACAGCAAGCCUGAGGUGACGCUCGGAACGAUCACCGAGAAGAUGAAGAAGUACGGCGCGUUCGAGGCCAUCCGCCAGGCUCGUUUGAUUGCCCGCCACGCUGGUGCCCGCGCGAAGAAGGCCAAGGAUGCCGCCGAAAACGAAAACAACCAGCCGGGCGAGAAGAAGGAGAAGAAGUAAACCUUAGCUUCGUUUCUCUAGUUUCCCCACGCACUGGCCACUAUCACACGUUUCCGAAAGUUGUCAUCGUGUCUGUACAAUUGAAAAGCAUAAUUGUGUCCAGCUAUGUGGCCAAGGCAAACAUCUGUUUUAGCACUAGUUGGCAGAACCCUGGAAGUGUGGACUGUUUAUUUCUCUUUGAGCAGAAUAAUUUAUCUGUUGUAGAAGAGGGGGAACAGGAGGAUUUAAAAUAAAAACUGUUCCUUUGAACACCGA